UACUUUUUUGCAACUUCUAAAAUUUGGAUUCCACUCAUUGGAGCUCUUCAAGGUUCAAUCCUGCAAAAGUUGAAUAGAAUCAAGAGUGUGGAAAGAAGAAAAUUCAAAAGUGGUGAGUUGAACAAUCUAUUUGCCAUAGACACCAGAAGUGUAGCCAUGGAUGGUAUUGAUAUUCAUGAAGCUUGGUUAAUGCCAUUGACCUUAAUUGUUGGUAUUGUGUUGGUUUUCGUAUUUUUUGGAUAUAGCUCACUUGUUGGUGUUCUUGCAAUGAUUAUAUGUGGACCAGUUCUUCCAUUUUUGGGUAAAUAUCAAACUAGUUUUGCAGGCAAAGCUGCACAAUUCAGAGAUGAAAGAAUCAAACACAUGAGUGAAAUAUUGAAUGGUAUUAGAAUUGUUAAAUUUUAUGUUUUUGAAGAUAAGAUGAAAGAAAAGGUUAAUCAAGCAAGAGAAAAGGAAUAUUCACUCCUCCGAAAGUAUGUUACUGUAAUGAGUGGAUAUUGCUUUACUUCAUCCCUGAUGGCCAUUGUUGGAAGUGGAGCUACUUUUGUGACUUUCUACUAUGCAGGUGGAGAUUUGACUUUACCUAAAAUGUUUACUGGACUAGUGUUGUUUGGAACCUUUAGAUUACCAUUGUUGCAUUUACCUUGGGCCAUUUCAAACUUGGUUUUCGCCUAUGUGAGUGCCAAACGUAUUGGUAGAUUCUUGUUUAGUGAAGAUACUGAGAAAUUGCCACAUGAUCAUGAAAAUAAGGCAAACUUGUGGGAAUUUGAUGAAGAACAAACAGAAUUUUCGUCCAUUAUGGAUAAUGACACUGCUAUUGAAUGUAAGGAUGCUUCCAUUGGAUGGUCAGAAGAGGAAGCUCCAACCCUCACUGAUUUAAAUUUGAAAAUUGAGAGAGGAAAGCUCUACUGUGUCAUUGGUAAUACUGGUAGUGGAAAAUCAACCUUAAUUUCCUCCAUUUAUGGUGAAUCUGUUGUAAAGAGCGGAAAAGUUAAAGUUAAUCCAUUGUGUAAUAUUUCACUCAGUGAUGAAACCCCAUGGUUGAUCAAUGCAUCUGUAAGGGAAAAUAUUGUCUUUGAUAAGAAUUUAACUUUUGACAGGGAAAGAUAUAAUAGAAUAUUGGAUGUUUGUCAAUUAAGAGAUGAUCUCAGUCGAUUCCCAAAUUAUGAUAAGACUGAAAUUGGUUUUUCUGGAAUUAAUCUUUCAGGAGGUCAAAAACAUAGAAUUAGUUUAGCCAGAGCUUGUUACAGUAAUUCUGAAAUUGUCUUGAUGGAUUCCACACUCAACUCAAUUGAUGCCAAAUUGUGUAGAAAGAUUUUCAAUGAAUGCAUUUGUGGAUUUUUGAAGGAUAGAACUAGAAUUCUCGUUACACAUUCACUUCAAUUAUUGGAAAUGGCUGAUGAAGUCAUUGUUUUUGAGAAUGGAAAGUUGAUUGCUAAAGGGUCUUUGAAGGAAAUUAAGAAUUCCUAUGACUUUUCCAAACUAAUCUCUGAAGAAAAGGAAGAAAGUGAAACAGAAGAGAAUGAAGUAACAGAAAAGGAUAUGAAACAAGACGAAAAGAAAGGUCAACUCGUCGCUGCAGAAGAUAAGAGCUAUGGUGAAGUUAGUUGGUCUGUCUUUAUGACCUAUAUCCGUCGGUGUGGAAUUUUCUUAACUGUCAUCAGUCUCCUUUUGAAUGUAAUGUCAAUGGGUGCAAAAACAGCAAGUCAAGUCUGGAUAUCUGUUAUGAAUAGUGACAUGCUUAGCUUACCUCUGGUUGCCUAUGUUUGGGUUUUCUUCUCUUUUGGAUUAAUGGACUGUUUCAUCAUUUUCUUUAAGGAACUAAGCUUAGGAUUUGCCACAUUGAAAGGUUCUAACAAUCUUCAUAGAAGUAUGCUGAAUAACAUUCUGAGAGCACCAAUUCAAUUCUUUGAUCAGAAUCCAGUCGGAAGAAUAUUGAAUAGAUUCACUCAAGAUUUGGAAACUUUGGAUAAUAUGGUCAUGUUUGCUUCGGAUUUUAUUAGCAAUGUAUUGAAUAUCAUCUUUACCUUAACUCUAAUUUCUGUAAUUAAUCCAAUGUUUUUAAUUGUGGUUGUUCCAAUUGGUUUUGCAUUUUACAUAAUUCAAGAAUAUUAUAGGACUACAUCAAGAGAACUUAGAAGAUUGGAAUCGAUUUCAAAGAGUCCUGUAAUGUCACAUUUCAAUUCUUGUCUGGAAGGCGUCAAUACUGUCAAGGCAUCUCUUGUACAUUCGAAUAUUUAUGAGGAUAGUUUUAACAAGAUUGACUUUGCAAAUAAGCAUACCUUUAACAGAUUUAUGGUGAACAGAUGGUUGGGUGUUAGAAUCCAUCUCAUUUCUCAAUCUGUUUUGUUUUUUACUGCUAUCUUUGCUAUCAUUGCCAAACAUACUCAAGAAAUUAGUAGCCCAGCUUUCCUUGUAUUGACCAUUUCAAACUCUCUUCAGUUGAGUGAUUGUUUCCAAUCACUAGUUCGUUCGUUUGUUGAAGUUGAAAGUAACAUGACUUGCGUGGAGAGAAUUGUGUACUAUGCUCAAAGUAUCCCACAAGAAGCUGCCUACGAUAAAGAAGGUGAUCCAACCACAAGAGAAUGGCCAACUAAGGGACACAUUCAAUUAGAUCAAUUGUCGGUAAGAUACAGAGAUGAUUUGGAUCCAGUUUUGAAGAAUCUCGAUUUGGAUAUCAAAGCAGGCACCAAAGUUGGUGUUGUAGGAAGAACUGGAAGUGGAAAGAGUACUUUAUUGAUUUCUCUAUUCAGAUUCCUUGAAGCCAAUGAAGGUAGCAUCUCAAUCGAUGGUCUAGAUAUUUCCAAUAUUGGUUUGAGAACUUUACGUAAAGCAUUAUUAAUCAUUCCUCAACAACCUGUUCUAUUCUCUGGAUCUAUUCGAUACAAUUUGGAUCCUUUCGAUGAAUUUGAGGAUUAUGAAAUAUGGAAUGCCCUCGAACGAGUUCAUAUGAAAGAAAAGAUUCAACCACUCCAACUCUCCUUCACUGUUACUGAGAAUGGAAGCAAUUUUUCAAUUGGUGAAAGACAAUUACUCUCCCUUAGUAGAUGUAUUUUGAGGAAGGCAAAUAUUAUCAUCUUUGAUGAAUCCACUGCCUUUGUAGAUCAUAAUAGUGAUGAGUUGGUUCAGAAGGUUGUUAGGGAGGAAUUUAAGGAUAGUACAAUCAUAACCGUUGCUCACAGAUUGGACACCAUCAUUGAUUCGGAUUGUAUUGUAUUUAUGAAGGAGGGUGAAAUUAUAGAAACUGGAAGUCCAAAGGAAUUACUCUUAGAUGAAAGAUCGAAUUUCUCCUCUCUUGUGAGGGAAACUGGUAAACAAUACUCUGACCACUUGAAGAACAAAGCUUUCAAGCUUGCUUAA